GCAAGCAGUCCAUGGGCGGUGACGUAUUACCGCGGCCUUCCAAUGAAAAACUCCGAGGAGGCCUGGGAGGGAAACUUCAAACGACAGGAACAAGAUGGCGGCGCCGUGUUGACUUCGCGGCUUUGGCAACUCUAUGGCCGCUGACCACCGACCGAGAUGAGUUCGCUACGCCGGGCCGGGACGCGCUGACGCGACCGGCCUCGCCCGCUUCCCGGCCCACCUCAACGGACCGCCCGCCCAGCUCCGCCGCCUCCGGGAGGCGAUGCAAGACGCCGCUCUGCUUGCUGGGGAAGAAGCGCGCCUGGCGCGGCCGCCCUUCCCUUCCCCGCGGCCGCCCCCUAGCGGCGCCAUGAAGCAGCACCGGGCUUUGCAGCUGGCGGCGCGGCUCUGCCGGGCUCUGCGGGGCCAGGACGAGGCGAUGGUGGCUGCCCUGCUCCAGGAGGGAGCCGACCCCAACCUGGUCCUGCCAGAGGGUGUGGCCCCCAUGCAUUUGGCUGCCGGCCUGGAGCAGGAGAAUGGGACACGUGGACUCCGCCUCCUCCUCCAGCACGGCGGAGACCCCAACGUCAGAUCUGGGGAAGGCCUCACCCCCCUCCACGUUGCAGCCUCCUGGGGAUGCACUGCCUGCUUGAGGCUCCUGCUGGCCCAGGGCGGAGACCCCCAACUAGAAGACCAGGAUGGGAAUACGGCCUUCGACCUGGCGCUGGAGCAGGGGAACGAAAUGUGUGUCGGCAUCCUGCAGGACGGAGGGUGGAACAGCGGCUCCCCUCAGCGGAGACUGGAGAGCUUCCUGUCCACCAUAAUGGAAGAUGCUGGGGCCACUGGGCCGGGCGACUCUCUCCCUUCUCCAUCAGAUAGACCCUCCUCCUGGAAGGAGGCUCGUCAGCACGGGGAGCCACCUGGGACCUUCCCUCCAAACGGUGGGCCCGGGCCUUGCACCCAGGACCGCUCGCCCUCUUCCUUUCUCACCGAGGGCUCCUGGCAGGGCGACACAAUUUUGGGUCUGGCUGACUUCGGCGUCUGGCCGGUGGAGGCCCCCAAUGGCUUCCCCUCCCCUGGGACCCUGCCCUCCAGCCGUGCCAAUGCAGGGACCCGCUGGGGGGGCGACGGGGGGCGCUCUCUGUCAGGGGCGGGUGUGGAGCAGCCUUGGGACAUCCAGGCCUCUGCAGAGGGAGGGGGCCGCUCCCCCCUGGGCCCAGGCACGGCUGCGCUCUCUUCAGUGGGCCCCGAGGCUCCCUCGGUCAGACCGGACACGCCAGGCGCCGCAGGAUCCCCACGGAAGGCCCAGCCCUCUGCCAGCCUCAGCCCUGAGCCAGAAGCGGCCCAACUCUUUCGCCCGCAGGAGGCCAAGGGGUGUGGCCUUUCUCAGGGGUGUGGCUCCCUGGAUCCCGGCCUCUUGGAGAGGCUCCCAAGCCAGGAUGGGCUGGACGUCACCUGCCGUGAUCACCUGGCCGAGUCCACCGCCAUGUCGGACGUUGGAAAGGAGGUGGUUGGCCUGGCCUCUGUCCUGGGGGUCAGCGGGACUCUGGACGGCUGCUCGGCAAGAGGAAGGUCUCCAGGCCGGUGCUCAGCCGCCAGCACUGACCGGUACCUUUCCUGCGUUAGUGAAUGUUACACCAGCGCUGUGGAGGAGCUGGGACACGGCUGCCUUCAGGCGUGGGAAGGCAGGGAGGCUGCCUCUAGCGGCCCUGCAGGCGGCUGCCACACCAGCCACGGAGGGUCGGGUCGUGGGCCUCCAGCCUGCCUGGGGAGGGGUCUCGGUGGCCAGAGGAUUCUCCCCAAAAGAGGGGAGGCCCAGAUCUUUCCCGGGAGUCAAGAUUUGGCUCUGGCCCCCAGCAACAACUCGUGGGAGGUUUCACAGGGGAGGGAAAGGGUGGCCCCCCCAGAGAACGAGGCUCCUUGGGAAGGGCCUGUGUUGGUGACUGGGCCCCCCACGGAGACUGGGGGGCUGCCCGUGGAAGGCCAGGGGCCGGUCCCCUCUGCAGCAGGGGGGGAAGAGCUGGCGGAGGCGGGCCCAAGAUGGAGUCGGCCACCAUUGGCUCUCCCCACCAGCCCCCAGCAGGCAGGAGAGGGGCAGCCGGGCUCGUCCACCGAAGACCCCCUCCCUGUGCGGUGGAGGGCAGAAGAGGGGCGUGGCCUCCGUGGCUGCGGGGGUCCGCCUGGGCCGAGCAGCACCACGGAGGGGGCCCCGUGCCCGCCUGCCUGUGUUGGAGAAGAGCCCCCCAGCACUCUGGAGGCCCAGCUGCGGUCGAUGAGGCUGGCCACCAAGGUCGGCCACUCCCCACUCCUCCCCUUGUGCCGGAAGUGCUGCCCUGGGCCCACCUGGCCCCAGAGCCCCCCGAUGGGGACCCUUCCCCAGCAGAGCCUCAGUGCCGCCUCUCUCUUUGAGGAGCCCCUGGAGGUGCCCAGGAGGGGCCCCGGACCAGCCUCACCCCGAGGAGGGGCUGCGGCUCUCAGCCAGUGGCCUCCCCCGGCCAGAGAGGCAGAGGAGACGGGGGAGGGCAGGGCCCCCUCGCCUCCUCCCACCACCAGGAAGCCGCCCUUGAACCCAGGACCCUGCUCUUUGGGCUGCCCCCUCACCAGCGCCAGGGGAGGCAUUGGCGGAGGGACCCAGUCAGGGGCCGGAAGUCCCCCUGCGGGAGGAGGCGCUGCUCACCCCCCCCCUGAGAGCCUGGGUGCCCAAGGGUCUCUGGGCCAGCGGGCAGAGGCGGCCUCCCGGGUCAGUUUCAGCCGGCUGUCUGGGAGGGGCCCGCCUGCCCCUGGCCCCCCAGGAAGGCUGAGCCCCCCCCGCCAGGAGGUGCCCCUGUCCCCGGGGGGCCGGCCUGCGCCCCUGAGCACCACAGAGCCCGUGGAACACCUGUACGUGGACGAGGAAGGCGGCCAGAGCCUCAUUGAGCGGCACCUGCCCCCCACCGAUGACUCCGGGCCCAGCAGCUCCCAGGGCAGCCUGGCGGGCGACUGGCAGGAAGCGGGGGGCAGCGGGGCAGGCGCCCCCUUGAACCCGGAGCACCUGACCGACCGAGCUCUGGUCCUCAAGCUGCGCCAGUUGGGGGCUGACCCGGGACCAGUGACGCCCCUCACUCGGGGGCUCUACGUGAGGCUCUUGGAGAGGCUGAGCAGGGAGACUGCCGAGACCCCCGGCCGGAAGGGCCCUGCAGCCUACAGCCCCGAGCUGACCUCUGCCCUGCACACCUACUGGAUCCCCCCCUCCCAAGCCGACGAGAUGGCUCUGGCCGCGGAGUUUGACCAGCCGGACAAGACCCGGAGGUGGCGGGAGGGGCUGCUGAAGUCCAGCUUCAACUACCUGCUGCUGGACCCCAGGGUGACCCAGAACCUGCCUGCCCGCUGCCAGCUGCUCAGCCCAGCCCAGGCCUUCCAGACCUUCGUCCAGGCCGUCUUCUACGUGGGCAAGGGGACGCGCGGCCGGCCCUACCGCCAUCUCUACGAGGCCUUGAGCCACUACCAGGAGGGCCAGGGGGCACCGGCAACGCAGGUCUCCUCCAAAGUCCGGCACAUCCUGGAGAUUUGGGCCGGGGGCCAGGGGGUCGUCUCCAUGCACUGCUUCCAGAACGUGGUUCCUGUGGAGGCCUACACCCGCGAGGCCUGCAUGGUGGACGCCAUCGGUCUGAGGAGGCUGACCAAUCAGAAGAAGGGCAACUAUUACGGCUCGGUGGCCGCCUGGCCCAUGAAACGCCGGCGGAGCCUGGGGGUCUUCCUCCUGCACCGAGCUCUGCGGAUCUUCCUGGCUGAGGGCGAGCGGCAGCUGCGGCCUGCGGAUAUCUGAACUGGCCCUCGACC